AAUUCCGCGCACACACGCAAACAAACGCAUUAAUCUGUAUCAAUUUUCCGCCAGUUUGGAAUAUUUCCAAAUCGGAUUCCGAAAUUGAGAUUUCUAAUUCUGCAACUCAGAGAAAAAGGCGAAUGGAGAAGAUGAAAUACGCGGAGGAACUCGUGAGAGAAUUUCUCGUGUUCAGAGGAUUCACAAGCACUCUCCAAUCUUUCGAGAAAGAGUUAGCAACUGAUAUCGGUAGGGGAUUUCAAGUCGAUAAGAUUUUAGACCUAAUUUUCUCCGUUUACAUCCCCAAAUUCGAGGCCGAGAAGUUGUUCGAUCUACUCAGCUUUUUCAAAAACUGCUUCUCGUAUUCCGAUUCCGAUCUUAUUGCUGUUCUUGCGAAAUUGGAUCAGUCAAUAGUGCGUUAUUAUAUUGUAAAUGCCCUAAAAUGCGGUAGAAAAGACAAAGUGUUGGAGUUUUUCGGAUGUUUUGGGAACGACUUGAUUCGGAGAGACGAAAGUUGGAAUUCCUGGUUUGCGAUUCCUUAUUUGCAGAAUCCGCAUUUGGAUCCGCAGUUUCGCGUGUAUUUCUCGGAGGAGUGGUUCCGUUCUUUGCACAUCACUAUUAGGAAUUUCUUGAGUGAGAUUCUUAAUGGUACUCGUACCCCUGCCUUGCUGAAGAUCAGUUCUGAAAGGGAUAAUGUGAAUCAUCUGAAGAAAGAGAUUAAGAAACUUAGUCUCAAGUUAUCACAAGUUCAAAGUCUGUUGGAGGAGAAAGAAGCACUAUUGUUUCUUUCAAGGAGUGACUCAGAAGUAGCUAAGUUUCCACCUAAUAUGCCUUAUGAAUCUCAUGUGAAUUCUACAUCAUUAAUGGAAGAAAGAGAGCCAUUUCAGACUAGGGACAAUGAUCAAGUUGUGGUAUCCAAUGAGGCGAGGGAUAAUUUUAGUGAUCGUUCUGAGGAGAAUCAGAGAAGUGAAACUCACCAAGCUUCUGUAGAUGACUCUGCUGUGGGAAAUAGUUACAAUUUGCAGAAUGAAGAAGAUUUUCCAGAAGUGAAACCCGUAUUUCAGGAUACAUUCAUGGGCCACACAAGUCCAAUCAGUUGUAGCCGCUUUUCAACAUCUGGCGACAAUAUUGCUAGUUCUUCUAUUGAUGGCACAGUCAGGAUAUGGACCUAUGAUUCAUCAGCACCAACAUCUAGAAAUGCAACCAUCUACUGUGGAGCGGAGGUCAUGUCUCUUGAGUGGGAAUGCAAAUCUGAUCGUUUGCUAUUGAUAGGCACUUCUGAUGGAGGCAUUAAAGCUUGGAAUGUAGAUGCAAAACGAGUUGUUUGUGAUCUCACCUCAACUGAAGCAUACCCCAGCAUUUUGGACCUGAAAUGCAGCCCUGUGGAGCCUAUUUUUGUUUCUGCAGCAGCAUCCAGGAGGCAAGGUACUGGCUAUGUUGAUAACUUGGGCUUCGCCUCUUUAACUGUCUGGAACAUGAGGACAUGGAAGCCUGUGACAGUCCUUCCUCUUGGUGACGAUCCACCGGCAAUAACCUCAUUGAGUUUCAAUCACAAUGGAAAACUUUUAGCAGCUGCUGCAACCGAUGGAAUGAUUCAUAUGUUUGAUAUGUCUGCUGGGCUGCAAGUUACUGGAUGGCCGGCUCAUGAUUCUGCGAUUAGCUCAAUUCUUUUUGGGCCUGAUGAGACCAGCAUUUUUAGCUUGGGAACUGAUGGAAAUAUAUUCGAAUGGAGCUUGCAAAAUCAAGGAAAAAUUCUUUGGUCAAGAAAUUGCAACAGGUAUUGUAGUCCAGCGAAUUCAUCUCGACAUCAAAUGGCUUUAGAUGCUAAUGGGAGGAAUCUUCUGGUGACAUCAAACUUAACAACAGCCCCAAUAUACCAGCUUCGAGGUCAAAUGAGUGGCAUGAGAAGUCUUUCUCACAAUGGAUCUAUCACAGCCGUAGAUUGGCACCCGACGUUGCCCAUCUUCUUGACAGGGUCGUCUGAUCACUCUGUCAGGGUCUCAUCAAUAAAAUGAUGAUCUAUUGUUGCUUGCCAAAUAUUUAUUUUCGAUUGUUUCUUUUAUUAAGUUUUAUUUAUUUUACUUGGGGGAGGAUUGGUGGGUGAAGGAGGUGGGGGGUUGUAUUUGUAAUUUACGUAGUUAUUUCCUUCGGAAGGAGGUGGGUCGAUUAUUAUAAUUUAAUUGGUUUAAGUGUGUGCAAGCUAAGCUUAAACAUUAAUUAGUUAAAUGGGCCAUCUCGAUUAGGGCCACCUCUAGUAGGGCCCAUUGUUAAAAUUUAAUUACUUCAAAUAGGCUAGCCGAGCUUAUAUUUGUAUCAUUUUGGGCUUAUUUAUAUCUAAUGGGUCGAGGCCCGUUAUAUCCUGGGCCUUGAAUCAAACUUUAACUGG